AUGGAUCGUGCCAAGGUUGAUGUAAUAGAGAAGUUGCCACCACCCACUCCUGUCAAGGCAAUAAGAAGUUUCCUUGGCCACGCCGCUUUUGAGGAAUUGAAGAAGAGGUUGGGGACUGCACCAAUUAUAGUGGCACCUAACUGGGAGCAACCUUUUGAGCUGAUGUGUGAUGAAAGUGAGUAUGCUGUGGGAGCAGUCCUUGGGCAGCGAAAAGAUAAAGCCAUGCAUCUAAUCUACUAUACAAGUAGAACCAUGAGUGGUGCCCAACUAAAUUACACAGUGAUCGAGAAGGAGAUGUUAGCAGUGGUGUUCGUAUUUGACAAAUUCAGGAUUUGUGCUGAUAACAUGAUCCAGAGAUGUAUUCCCGAGACAGACCAAUCUUCUGUUUCGCAGGCUUGUCACGCAUCCCCAUAUGGUGGCCAUUUUGGGGGAGUAAGGACAGCCGCAAAAGUGUUGGAGUCGGGCUUCUACUGGCCGACAUUGUUCAAAGAUGCACACCUCUGUUGUGGACUAUGUGUCAAAUGGGUGAAAGUUGUGGCACUCCCUACAAAUGAUACAAAGGGAGUCAUUGGUUUUUUGAGAAAGAAUAUAUUCACUCGGUUUGUCCCUACAAGGGCAAUAAUCAGUGAUGGAGGCACUCACUUCUGCAACCGAGCCUUCGCAAAGUUGUUAGAAAAAUAUAGGGUUCGUCACAAGGUUUCCACCCCAUAUCAUCCACAAACAAGCGGGCAAGUGGAGGUGUCGAACAGAGAAAUAAAAAGUGUGUUGACAAAGACAGUGAAUGCUACGAGAACAGAUUGGGCGAGAAACUUAGAUGAUGCACUCUUGGCCUAUCGUACCACUUUUAAAACUUCAAUUAGCAUGUCGCCAUAUAAAUUUGUGUUUGGGAAGCGUGUUACUUACCCGUGGAGUUAG